AUGCCAAUUGCAGAAACAUUCCAGCUUGUAUCGGUUAGAACUUUUGAGCUGUCCCGGACUCAAGCUUCGGAGAAGACAAUGAGGCGCCAAGAAGAGGACCCUAAAGAAGUUAAUGCCAUGAUAAAUGGGGCUCUGCAAUUCAUCAAGGAUCAACGAAGCUGCGCACUGUCCAGAAGCCACCAGCAGAGCAUGACGAGUCCGUCGAAGAGACUCCUCGCCACAGCCGUGGCUCUCGCCACCCUCCUCGCCGCCGACGCGACCGUGGAGACGACGUGCAAGGCGGCGGCCGGCGCCGACACGCGCGUUGACUACGGCUUCUGCGUGUCAGAGCUGAGCAAGCACCGCGACAGCCCCGGCGCGGACGCCUGGGGCCUUGCCAAGGUGGCGGCCAACCUCGGCGUCAACAACGCCGGCGGCGCAGUCCGCGACGCGGAUGCGGUCCUGUCCAGCCCGCCGGGCGCCGGCGCCGACGCGAAGAAAAGGGCGGCUCUGGGGCAGUGCCGCAGGCUCUACUUCGACAUGGAGCUCGAGUUCGCCGGGGCGUACGACGAGAUCAACGCACGGGACUACGCGGCGGGCGAGGAGAUGGCCGCGGAGGCCGUGGCGCUGGCGCGCCGGUGCGACGACGUCUUCGCCGAGGCCGGGGUCCCGUCGCCGCUCGCGCGGCGCGGCGAGUACGCCGGGAAGAUCGGGGCCGUGUGCAUGGCCAUCACCGACCUCAUCAAGUGAUGCGUUCAGAGUUCACGUGCUCGCUUCUUUCAUCUUGUACCCAAUUAUUGAGGCGUCAUUUCUUCGAAUAAGAGUGCAAGCUAGUCACCUGUUUCUU